GAACUCUCAAAUAAGGCAUAGGGACUCAUUGACUACUCUCCUUAAUCAGAAAUCAUCGAUUAAGGAUUUACACUCAUCUAGUGGGACUUGGAGCUCUGGGUUCAAUGUUCGGACGAAAGCGGUUCAAAAGAUAACCAAGUAUUCCAGCAUGAAACAAUUUCAACAGUUCAGGAAAAACAUUGAUGGUCGGCC